UGUGGACAGCAAUCAAGGCACUGCAGUGAGAACCAUCGCAGAACGGGGAAAAAGUAAUAAACAGUUCAGCAUAUCUUCAGAUAAUCAAAGCAAAACAUCACUGAUAGCUGGGAUGACAUCCUCAUGGAAGCUUUCAUCAGCACAAGAAAACAAAGAUGAUUAUGAUGAUGAGGAUGAUGAUGAAGAAAUGGCAAUAGAAAUUAUGAAGAGACGUUUCACCCCUUCUGUUCUCACGACUGUUGUAUGGGAAGGCUAUUACUUUGCUGACUGUGAGAUCAGAAUCAAGGAAUCUACGGAUUGUUACGGGGCUGUGGUGUGGCCUUCAGGUAUGGUGCUUUGCCAUUUCUUGGAAACCAAUCAGGAAAAAUACCCCCUCACUGAUAGAAAUGUGAUUGAAAUUGGAGCAGGGACCGGCUUGGUGUCAAUUGUAUGCAGCAUUCUUGGAGCUAAUGUCACUGCAACAGACCUUCCAGAUGUGCUGGGUAAUUUGCAGUAUAACGUUUCCUUCAACACCAAAAACAGAUGUAAGUACUUCCCUAAUGUCAAGGAACUCACUUGGGGGAAGGAGCUGGAGAAGAAUUUUCCUCGUUCAUCCUUUCAUUUUGACUACAUCAUGGCAGCUGAUGUUGUAUACAGCCACCCAUUUCUGGAGGAGUUACUUGUUACAUUCAAUCACUUGUGUCAUGAUGACACUAUCAUCCUCUGGGCAAUGAGAUUCCGUAUGGAAAAAGAGAACAAGUUUGUUGACAGAUUUCAACUUUUCUUUGACCUGGAGUUGUUAUGUGAUCUUCCUAGCUUGAACAUUAAAUUAUUCAAAGCUGUACGUAAAAAACAAAAAAUAACUCCAUAAAGUGAGUGAGUACCUUUGAAUCCAACUCUGGUGUCAUAAAUAACAUUUCAUAGUUGCUUCAUAAAAUAAGAAAAUGGUAGCACUUAAAAUCUGGUGAAUCAAAACUAUAACCUGUCUUUGAAUUUAAAUUUAUUUAUACGGUAUAUUCCAAAACAUACUGAAGUUGAAUUUCUUGUCCAUAUAUGCUUAUUUGUUUUGUGCCAUUGUGAUUGAUUACAAUUGUAGUAAAGGAACAUUAAGUAAAGACUUGAAUGAAAAAGUUAGGCAGCAUAAGAUAUAGUUUAACAAUUAUAAAAUGGGGCCAGAAAAUAAUUAAUAAUACCAUCCUUUUCUAAGAAAGAGAAAAAAUUUUGUCCAAAUUUUUUUCUGCUGUUGUUUGAAAAAUGGAAUUAAAUACCUUUUCUGUUUCAAUAAUGUAGGAAUGAAAAGUUCAUGUAUCAUUUGUAUACAUCAUUUUUGACAAUACGGUAUAUUAUACGUGAGCCAUGGCUUGCCCUGCCAUUUGAAAAUACUACCUGACUACAUCAGAGACGUUUUCAUACUAAAGUCCAGAGUAAAUAAGAGUUCAAUACCAUACCUGGAAGAAGCAAGGUGGAAGUCUUUCUUAACAAUUAAGAAAAAUUGGGCGCCACAAAAAUAUUUUUCAAUGCCAUAGAGAAGUUUUUCACCGUAUCAUAUGUGGCACUGAUGCGAAAGCAACAUGUUGACCAUUGUCUAACCAGAUUUAGCAUUUCAAUGUCUUUUUGUUUGUUAUUUCUUGUCUUACAUGCAGAAAUAAUGUAUGCACACGUUAAGUAUAUAUGACAGUUACGUUUGAACAUUCGUGUAAAGUUUUAAGGUUUAUUUUAACAGCCUGACGAACUUUCCAGUUUUCCAGAAAUACUCAAAGAUAACUGUAGCCUGGAGGGUUAGUUGUCAGUGCAGUCCACACGGUAGCAAAUGGAGAGAAGGCAGAUCGUGUGGACUGGAACAGUGGCAAUGGAAGAGAGGGGUAAGUCUGCCUCUUCCCGUAAUAAUAUUAGCUAAUGUACAAUCAAUAAAGAACAAAACGGAUGGAAUCUACUGCAAGAUGAAAGCUCGCCAUCGAAGAAUUCAGCUUUUAAAGACUGGACUGAGACAGAAUGUCUGCAGGUAAACCAUGCAAAGGAGGAGUAUGUAUUUGUUAACAAUACAUGGUGUACAGACGUCACUAUAUUAUCUGAAUCCUGCUCAAGAGAAUAAGGAAUGUUUUUUAUUAAAUGUUGACCAUUUUAUUUACCAAGAGAAUUUACAGGAGUUGUAAUUGCUGCGGUUUUUAUUCCACAGAUUGCAACCUUGAAUCGUGCUUUGGAUGAACUGUUUAACAUCAUCACCAAACACGAAAACAAAUUCCCAAUGUGGACCUAAACAUUGCAGGAGAUUUUAACUAUUAGAAACUGAAGUCAUCUCUCCCAUCAGCAUAUAUCAUGUCCUACAUGAGAAAAUAAUACAAUGGAUUGAUUGUAUAUUGCUGAUGCGUACAGGGGAAGUCUUAAGCUUCACUUUCUCGAGUCUGACCAUGUUUCCAUUGUGCU